CUAAAAAUUUCUAAAAAAAAAAUUCUAGGUACUUUCAACAAUUUUCUUUGGUACAUGAAUUUGAAAUUUUUUUUAGGCAGAAACUCCUCUUGGUUAUUCUCAACAACUUCUCCAAGUUUCAUGGCAAUCAGAUGAAAGAUCUACAGCUGGACCUAGGAUAGGCCCACACAUUUAAAAAUGAUGACUUUAUGAAGUUAAUGGGUUACUACAGGUUUGCUAAGAUCAAGUGGUAAAACAAGUAAAAUGUCACAGGAGAAAUGUACCGAGAUAUGUGGUCCUGGUGAAAAAUGUAGUGGAGAUAACUGUGUACCAUGUGAUGAUGGAUCUUACCAAGAACUUAAGCAACAUGAGAACAAAUCUUGUAUACUGUGGUCCAAAAAACCAAGUGGAGAGCAUUGGAUUCUUGAUAAAAAUGGAACAAAGGAAACUGAUAACAAAUAUAGAUGUGCAGAUGGAUACUAUGCUAAAGAAUACAUGCCUAACUCUUGGGAUUGUUUCAAAUCUGAGGAUGUAUCAGUAUCAACUGUCACACCCAGCUUAAAUACCACUGUAUCAGUGCUGAACAACUCAUCUAUCAGUCCAACAGAAGCUACCCAAAAUGUUGGGCAUGCAGACAAAAGUACUCCCUUAUCAGUUCUUGUGCCAAGUAUAACAAUACCAGGUGUGUUAGUCUUAGCAGUUGUUUUUAUUGUUCUCAUUUGCAGGAGAAAAAAAAAGUUGUGCUUUAGAAAAUCUAAAGCCAAAACAACUGAUGCUCAUUCUGCUGCAGAAAUGGGGACUUUAGUCAACAGUUCUCACUCUCAUGCCAACGGUCAUGCUCGCACACAUGCUGAUGACAGAGAUUAUGUUGAUGGCGCACGUCAUAUCAGCCAACCUUAUGAACAAUUUAUCUCAGAGAUUGGUCUACCCAACAUGGAAAGAUUUUUGCACUUGUUGGAAAAUCCAGAUGAGCAGUUUAAUAUUCAGAGGUCAUUGAAUGAACACAAAGAUGUAAAUGACUCAUCGGAAAAGUACAGGCUAGUUUUCUUGGACUGGCUCAAUCUGUACAAAAACAACCCACAACAUAGGGAAUGGGUUAAGAGUGGACUAGAAGCUAUAGGUCUUCCCAGUGUAUACACUAUAUUCCAGUCAGAAUCAAGUCUGGAUUCAGUUUUCUGAAACAGAAAUGUAUUAGAAUUUAUUUUUAAAUAUUUAUAGGUGCAUUUGCACAAAAAAGAUAAACAGUAUAAUACAGUAAUUGAGUUUUGGUAGAUAUUGCAUACAUUGUUUUAAGAUUUAUCAUUAUUUUGAGACUGGGCAGUCAGUAGAUUGCACAGCAGCAGACCUGAUAGAUACCAGCUUAGGUCCAUAAGAUGACCCUGUCCACCCAGCUCUGAUGAAUAUUUUACUCACGUUAAGAAAAGGAAAAACAACACGGCCUGGAAGUGACCACACUGUCCUUUCAUAGUUCACAGAAAUAGAUUAAUUAUAUUUGUUGAGCCCUACUGAUUGCCACAGAAAUAGAUUAAUUAUAUUUGUUGAGCCCUACUGAUUGCCACAGAAAUAGAUUAAUUAUAUUUGUUGAGCCCUACUGAUUGCCACAGAAAUAGAUUAAUUAUAUUUGUUGAGCCCUACUGACUGCCACAGAAAUAGAUCUAUUAUAUUUGUUCAGCCCUACUGAUUGCAGCAGAAAUAGAUCUAUUAUAUUUGUUUAGCACUACUGAUUGCCACAGAAAUAGAUUUAUUUUAUUUG